AUGACUGAUCCUUUGAUUAAAGGUGCUUUGGAUUUAGAUCCUUGGUUAGAACCUUUCCAAGGGGCAUUGAUUCACCGUCAAAAGCAUGCCCAACUGUUGAUCAAUUCGGUGACUGCGGAAUCAAAAAGUACGCUUUCGGAAUUUGCCUCUUCAUACAAGACUUAUGGUAUUCAUGCCAAUUGGGAUGAUCACAGUAUUCAAGUUACUGAGUAUGUUCCAGAUGUUCAAGAAGUUUCGCUUGUUGGAGACUUUAACAAUUGGGACGUUAAUGCGCACAAAUUAAAGUUGCAGAACGAAUUUGGUUUAUGGCACUUGAAAAUCGCGGCAAACGCUGAUGGGUCGUUCGCUAUUCCGCACGAUCUGAAGAUAAAGUUGCUGUUGGUCUUGAGCAGCGGUGAAAGAGUUUUCAGGUUGUCUCCAUGGUUGACUAGAGCCACCCAACCUGAACCAAACAGCGAGGGGAAAGUGGAAAGUCACAUAUACGAGGGAAGAUUUUGGAAUCCAUCUCCUGCUGAUACCUAUCAAUUCAAGAGUCCAAGACCAAUUUUGACCGAUGGAAUUAAGAUUUAUGAGGCCCAUAUUGGUAUUUCGACUCCGGAACCAAAGAUUGGUUCAUAUAAGAAUUUCACGAAGAACAUUCUUCCUGUGAUUCACACAUUAGGUUACAAUACUAUCCAACUUAUGGCUAUUAUGGAACAUGCAUAUUAUGCCAGUUUUGGAUACCAGAUCACCAACUUUUUCGCCAUUUCCUCGAGAUUUGGAACUCCAGAAGACUUGAAGGAACUUGUAGACGAGGCUCAUAGGCUUGGUAUUAGAGUUUUACUUGAUGUGGUGCACUCUCACGCCCUGAAAAAUGUAGAAGAUGGUUUAAAUAUGUUCAACGGAACCGAUCAUUACUUAUUCCACGGUGGUGCAAAAGGAAACCACGAUUUAUGGGACUCAAGGUUGUUUAACUAUUCCAACUUUGAAACUUUAAGGUUCUUGUUGUCGAACUUAAAAUUUUACCUUGACGUUUACAAAUUCGAUGGUUUUAGAUUUGAUGGUGUUACCUCCAUGCUAUACAAGCAUCAUGGAUUGAGUUUCGGCUUCAGCGGUAACUAUAAUGAGUAUUUCUCUGACGAUUAUGUCGACAACGAUGCCAUAGCAUACAUGAUUUUAGCUCAUAAAUUAAUUGAGGAAAUGGGCAAAGAAGAACAUUUUAAAUUUAUCCUGAUUGCUGAAGACGUAAGUGGUAUGCCAACCCUUUGUCUUCCAACGUCUUCAGGUGGUGUUGGAUAUGAUUACAGAUUAUCUAUGGCUAUUCCAGAUAUGUGGAUUAAACUUUUAAAGCAUAAGCAAGAUGAAGAGUGGGACUUUGGUAAUAUUGUCCAUACAUUAACAAAUCGUAGACAUGGUGAAAAUUGCAUUGCUUAUUGUGAAUCUCAUGAUCAAGCACUUGUUGGAGAUAAGACUUUAGCCUUUUGGCUCAUGGACAAAGAGAUGUACACUCAUAUGUCUAAAUUGUCGGAACUUACCCCUAUUAUUGAUAGGGGACUUUCACUCCAUAAACUAAUCAGAUUGAUUACCUUUGCGCUUGGAGGAGAGGGAUACCUUAAUUUUGAAGGUAACGAAUUUGGACACCCAGAAUGGUUAGAUUUCCCAAGAGUUGGUAAUGGCGAGCUGUACAAUUAUGCCAGAAGACAAUUCAACCUUAUCCAAGAUGAUCUACUUCGUUACAGAUUCUUGUUUGAUUUUGAUUGUUCAAUGCAACGAUUAGACACCAAAUAUGGUGUAUUAUCAGCUCCACAAGCUUAUGUUUCUCUUAAGCACGAGCUGGAUAAAGUUGUUGUUUUUGAAAGAGGUGGAUUGUUAUUUGUAUUCAACUUCCAUCCAACCAAUUCUUACCCAGAUUAUAAAUUAGGAAUUGAAACUGCCGGUGUAUAUGAGAUCGUCUUGAACUCUGACGACGAAAAAUUCGGUGGCCAUGGAAGAAUUGAAGAAAUUGAUAAGAAGACUGGUAAACCAUUUGAAUUCUGGACCCAACCUGAAGCUUGGAACAAUAGACAAAACUCUAUUUUAGUUUAUAUUCCAACCAGAACUGCAUUGGUUUUCCAAUUAAAAGAAAAGGUUAAGAAUUAG